AAACGUUCAACUGAUCUUUGUCUCGCUAGCUGGCAGCAGUUUCUGUACAUAACAAAACUUAAAACACGUGUAUAAUUUCCGAUGAAUCUCUAACAUGGUCUAUCAGCUCGUGGCAUAACACAGUGACAUCUGCUAACAUCUUAAAUGUGUAUUUUACAGCUUUUGCAGCGUCUAAUAGAAACAUCAUGUGGUGUCGGAGUAUUGUGAAGACGCGUACUGUCUUCAGUAAUCCGUCCAUAUCUACCUAUGUGCAAUAUUUGUCGAUUAACAGUCUCAACUUUGUCACGUUGAGACAUCCAGUGCGACGGUCGUUUAGUUCGAAUGCGUGUGAAUGUACCGUCGGCGAUGUUAUUGAUCAAUGGAGUCGCCGAUUUGAGACCGAGGGCAUAACGGAGCCGGUAGAGUCGAUAGAGCACAUAGUGGCGCAUGUUAUAGGAACCAAGAAGAUAAUAGAUAUUUUGAACGUCAGGAAUGAUCGACUCAAUGCCAGCCAGAUCGAAAAAUUGGAGUCGUUGUGCGAAUGUCGGUUAUCGAGAAUGCCAGUUCAGUAUAUUAUCGGCGAGUGGGAUUUUCGGGACAUCACCGUGAAACUCGUGCCACCAAUUUUCAUUCCUCGUCCGGAGACGGAAAUAUUGGUAGACUUUGCAUUGAAGAGACUGAGUUCGUCGCGACUCGAUAGUUGCGAAAUCCUGGAAAUCGGUUGCGGCUCAGGUGCAAUAUCAUUGGCUCUCGCUCACGCUUGUAAAAAGAUCAAAUGCACAGCGAUUGAUGCAAGUCCUCAUGCGUGCAAUUUAACCAUGACUAAUCGGGACGAAUUAAACUUGACGAAUCGAAUCACAGUGAUACACGCAACUUUAAAAUCGGACGCAACUGUUGAAGUUUCCAAGAAAUUGAAUGGUGCCAGUGAUGUGGAUCUGAAUUCAAGAUCGUUCGAUUUCGUAAUCAGUAACCCGCCUUACGUGCCGACGAAAAACAUACCAAAACUGCAACCCGAGAUAAGGAUUUAUGAGGAUCUCAGGGCAUUGGAUGGCGGCGACGAUGGACUAAAAGUAAUCAAGCCGCUUUUAAAAUACACCGCCAGAGUAUUAAAACCUGGCGGACGUCUCUUUCUGGAAGUUGAUUCUACUCAUCCCGAAUAUAUACAAUUUUUCACAAAUAAAUAUCCUGUCUUCAAGCUCCAUCACGAACAUACAUACAAAGAUUUUUGUAAUAACGAUCGUUUUGUGGAAGUAGUAAAAGUUGCCUGAAGACGCAACUCGUGAAGACACACAUACACACAUAUGUUUGCUAUUCUGAUGAAAUUAAUUUUAUAUAUGUGAUUAUUUUGUAUAUAUAUGUAUAUAGAAUAAAUUUAAUUAAAUAAU